AUGAAGCACAUGAACGCCCACAGAGAACGGUGGCCGUUCACCUGCGACCAGUGCCCACGAAGAUUCAGGAGCGCAGAAACCUUCGAGUUCCACGUGCUGCGACACGAAGAGAAGAAAUACACGUCCUUCCAGUGCCAGCUCUGCGAGAAGACUUUCAAAACCAAAACGUGCCUGAAGACUCACCAGCUCGUGCACACGGACACGCGGCCGUUCAGCUGCUCCGCCUGCGGGAAGGCCUUCAAAACCAAACGCCACCUGCAGGCUCACCACGUCGUGCACCUGGUGGAGAAGCCGCACAACUGCGCCGAGUGCGGGGAGAGUUUCCGUCACGCCAUCAGCCUGCAGUGCCACCGGAGCGUCCACACCGGAGAGCAUCCAUACGGAUGUUUGGUGUGCGGGAAAACCUUCACAGGGAGGCGAUCGCUGCGAACGCACCAGGCUGUCCACAGAGGGAAACGGUUUUCCUGCGAGACGUGUGGAGCCGGCUUCACCCUCCGGCAGAACCUAAGGAGGCACAUCCGCAUCCACACCGGGGAAACACCGUUCGGCUGUAAGGUCUGCGGGAAGAGCUUCAUGCAGGACAACAAGCUGAAGGCUCACAUGCUUCUUCACGGAGCUACGAAGGCGUUCAUGUGCGAUCUCUGCGGAAAGACUUUUCUGUACAACUGCCAGCUGAAGAAACACCAGAAAGUAACUCAUGACGAGAAGCGGGGCUUCAGGAAGCGAACUGGAGAGCGAGGCGACCGCAGAGUUAUCUACCGACGGGACAAAACAACCGUCGACGUGACGCCGCUCAGCUGCGGCCACUGCCACAAAGGCUUUGACUCGGCAGCUUCACUGAGGAGACACGAGUUGAUCCACAGAGGUGACACGAAGCACACCUGCAGCCAGUGCGGCAGGUCCUUUUUCUACAAAGCCACCUACGAAUACCACCUCCGGGUCCAUUCGGGAGAACGGCCGUUCGCCUGUGACGUCUGCGGAGAAAGAUUUAUCAUCCGUCAGGCGCUCGUGUCCCACAGACUGCAGCACUCAGGAGAAAAACCGCACAGGUGUGAGCAGUGCGGAAAGGCCUUCAGGCUCUACACAAACUACCUGCGGCACCGGCGGAUCCACACGGGGGAGAAGCCGUACGAGUGCGAGGUCUGUGGCGUUUGCUUCCGGCAGCUCGGACACGUUAAGUUUCACAUGCAGAUCCACACGGGGGAAAGGCCGCACUCCUGCAGCAGCUGCGGACUCGGGUUCUCCGACUCCAGGCUGCUCAGGAGGCAUAAGUGUAGCGAGAAAUAUGACAAAACGCUGCCGAACGCGCUCGAAGAGUCCUGA